CAUGCGACGUCGUUUCAGCUGAGGAAGUGAAUCGAGUAUCAAUAAGAAAAUAUCAUUUCCAUCUCUCACAGAAAGAACUGCGAUUUGUUCAGGCAAAAAGAAUGGCUUUUUCUGCAUCCCUUCUGCAAUUCAGUUGCGUCUCUCUUCUCCACAGUAAUCUGAAUAAUCCUUCUUCGUUACCUUUCUCUGGGUUCCCCAAAUCCCUCUUUGGUUGUGAUGUCUCCCUCAAACUCAAAGGGAGUUCAGUGUGUGGGAGAAGAAGAUUGAGAGGUGAGAGUGUCAGUGUUCGUGUGAGUGCUUCAUUGGUGGAGGCUCCAGUUUUGUGGUUUGGAAGAAUAUGCAUCUUCUAUGCCCUUCUUAAAGCUGGCUUGGCUGGAUCUCAAGCCAAUCCACUUGUCUCAGAUUUGGAAAUUGGGGAGCGUAAUGAAUCUGAAGUUCCUUCUGGUGCUGCGGACUUGGGUUUCUCUAAAUGGGCCCACACCAUACUAGGAAAACCAGCAAAGGAAGCUGCUAAUGGAAGGAAAUUGGUUAGCAAAUGGCAUCCUACCACAAAGGGUACACUUAGAAGGAACUAUAGAGUUCCAUCCAAGUCCGAAGGGCGACGAGUUCUUAAAGCUAUUGCAUCUCUAUUAUCAGAUGAUGACCACUUUGUUGAUGCCACUUCUCACAAGGGUUGCCAAAUCCGAAGGGAAAGUGCACAUGGAGAAAGUGUGUGUUGCAACAAUGUGAGAGCUCUUUUUGAUGAGCUUCCAACUCCACAUAUCAUUGUGGAAAUCACCCCUUUUCCUGCUGGACCCCUUACUGACAAGGAUUAUAUUAAAGCUGAGAAACUUGAGAAGACUCUGAGAUCUAGUCCUUCUGUGUAAUGUGUCUAAGGUGUUCAUGUUUUCAUGUACAUAUACUUGCUAGCUUGUAAAUACAGACAUGAUAAACAAAAAUUUCUAUGCUUUUGAACUCUUCAACAUCUUAUUUUGAAGUGCAUGAUAGUAACAAAUCAGAGCAUGAGUAUUUAUUUUCACAAGGCACCAGUUAUUUCAGUGUCUUCAGUUAUCCUUCAA